CAGAGAAAUAGAAAGAAUGUUGGAAACAGUGAGUUCCGUAUCCGAACAGGCGGAUAAUAAGACAUUCGCUUCUUCUGACAUCAAGCUAUUGCUCUGUGGAGAUUUCAACUCUAAAACAGAUUCUGGUGUGUAUGAGUUUUUAACACAAGGUCAGCUCGCUAUAGAUCAUCCGGAUUUUCGAAAUUUGGAUUACAAAAAAGCCGUUAAUACAAUUUUUGGAAAUCCGGAAUCUGCCGAAGUAGCCCACCAUUCGCUGAAUCUUUCAUCGGCCUGUCCUGAAGAAUAUAUGCCGUAUACAUAUUAUACGUAUGGCUUCAGGGCGAUGAUCGAUUUUGUUUUUUAUGGAACAUCUAAUAUGAGACCAAUAGGAUUCUAUGGUCCUAUACAUGAUCAGUGGUUCCAUGAUAACAUAAUAGUGGGCUGUCCUAAUCGGUACAUCCCAUCGGAUCACUUUCCACUGGUGGUGCAUUUCAAGAUGGUAACUUGAAGAGUCAGUCAUCGAUUACGUGGUUGUAAAAGGUACUACAUCUUACUCUUUUUCGUCGGCUGCACAUCGGUCCUACUACACUGAGA